AGGUCAGCUUACAAACAUCCUUGUAUUUUAUUACUAAUCAUGGCAUCUACAGCGGUAAAAGUGGCGGGUGCUGUAAAGGAUAUUUCUCCUCUUUAUUAUAGGAUACUAUCCAAAUUCCCGCAGAAUUUUACAUUCUGCUUUGCGUACGGAUCAGCUGUCAAGCCACAAAUAGGCAAUCAAAAGAAGCAUAAUAUGAUCGAUCUCAUAUACUGCGUUGAUAACUCAUAUCGAUGGCACGGCGCUAAUAUUGAGAUGAAUCCAUCCCAUUACUCAGCACUUCGUUUUCUUGGAAAAGGCUUUGUUGCAAGAUUUCAAGAGAAUUGGGGUGCUAAAGUUUACUUCAAUACUUUAGUGGACAUCAAAGAGGAAAAUGUAACUAUCAAGUAUGGUGUUGUCUCGCAAAAAGAUCUCAUUGCAGAUCUCCUAGACUGGAAUGACUUAUAUCUGGCAGGCAGACUUCAUAAACCAGUGGAGAUUAUUAAACAAACCAAUAGUUCCCACCUUCAAAAUGCACUCCAAUCAAAUUUACGUUCAGCUGUUCACACAACUUUAUUAAUUCUGCCCGAAACGUUUUCUGAGUAUGACUUCUAUUUUGCAAUCUCUAAUUUGAGCUAUGCUGGUGAUUUUAGAAUGACUUUUGGGGAAAACAAAAAUAAAGUUCGAAAUAUUGUUCAACCACAACUAUUGAACUUUCGAGAACUCUACAGGCCAAUCUUACAGCAAUUCCAUGCAUACGUAGAUUUUCCAACAGGCGAUGCUCAAUGUCAUCAAGACUUAAAUCCUGAAACUAAAUUGCAUCACCUUAUGCAAUUACCUAUGGUUCCCCAGCAAAGGAUAGUGAAGUUUUGGAAUCAUGGUGGACUUCAGCAAGACAUGGAGGAUGUUCUCCGAGCUGUAGCCUAUGACAUUGAUUGUGCAGUUAUAUUAAGACAAAUUUUAAAAGAUCUAGUUUGGCAGUCUAGUGUGAGACAGUCAUUAAAGGGAAUCCCCACAGCUGGAAUUUUAAAAUCAAUUCGUUACAGUGCAAAGAAAAUUGCAAAAAUGUUUUAAUAUUCUAGGAAUAAGUUAAUUGUAAAUAUAGUUUAAGAUGAUAAAAUCUAAAACAAUAAAGCUAUUGGAUUAUGUAAGUUA